AUGGCUAGAACAAGAGAGCCUGCAGUUGUGCUCAGUGAUUCCGCGAAAAAAGAAAUGAUCAGAAGAGCUUAUAAGACGGUUGUUUGCGUCUCAAUGAACAACUGGUGCGCGGCUUCGUCGAGGAAUGUUCGCGUGUUCACGUGGCAUAUCCGUUGGACGCGUAAUGCCGGGGAAUCCGGAUAUUCUACUUCUGUGAAACGUUGUCUCGUUGAGAGCCUGCUUCCCUUUCUGACCCUCUCCGAAACUCUCAACCACCUGCCGCAUACUCCGCCCACUGACCAGGAGGAGAACGUCGCGUCAUCGAACAUGCACAUUCUCGAGAAAAAUUUCAUCGCAAAUGAAAGCGUUAAUAGCGGUAAGAGAGUCGGUCACCUUGAUCCCAUCAACAACCACCAAAUGGACGCCCUAAUUUGCCAAUUCUGUGCCGGUUCAUCCGGGACAUCGUCGAUGGUUGGAGAGAAAAUGAGCUAUAUUGUUGUCGCCUCGUUUAUUGGUGCCGCUAGCGCCUAUUUUGGAUGGAGUGGAUCAAACGACUACAAUUUUCUGGAUGAAAGGACUGCUACACCUGUACCAUCACCUUCAAAUUUGGCAUGCUUCUUCUGCUCACAGCUCCUCUCGGUGACCAAGCACCGAGUAGGAUUGAGUCAAAAUCAGCUCAGGGCAGUUCUACACGAUAAGUGUCGUGUAUUGCCUAUUGUUCUUAAGGAGCAGUGCUUCGCAUUUGUGGAAACUUCAUUACCAGAAAUCUACUUUUCUCUUAACUAUGACUUUUCCACGAAAGAUAUCUGUGUUCGAUUGAGUCUCUGCGAAGAAGACAACCCAUUUGCAGUAGCUGGGACACCUCCAGAAGAUCCGUCCACGAUAUCAACUGCGUCUCCGAGAGUUGGAGGAGAUGAACAUUCUGCUGAAACCACGACAUCUGGAAUCCAUCGAAAGAAAGCUAGACAAGAUCGAGCGGAUCGUAAGAAUACUGAUCAGAAUAGCAAAAAUGAAGAGAAACGAAUCACGUGCGCUUUCUGCGAGCGAAUGCUGGAGAAUGCGAAGAAUUAUGCGGUAACAGCAAAGACAGAUAUAAACUCAUUCGCUAGCACGGCAUGCUCCAAGUUACCAAAAGGGCGUUACUCGGACCAUUGCCACCAGCUGGCUGACAAGAAGAUAGCAGAACUCGCCAAGUUUGUCGAUCAGCAAGUUAUUGAGGCACUAUGGUGCGCAGAACUCAAUCAGUGCUGA